CAAGUGGGCUGCUCGGCGUCCUGGGGCAGAGCGCCCCCAAGCCCAUCCCUGCUCCCCAUUGGCUGUUGUGGGGUCCGCCGCCAUCUAAUGACGAGGGAGGCGCCCAGCCCCGGAGCGCGCGCCCCCUGCGGCGGGAUCUAGCCGCGCCGGGACUGCAGGUGCCCGAGCGGAGUGCAAGGCCCGGGAGCCCGGGAGCCCGCGCCCCUGCGGAGGCCCGCCGCCCGCCCUCGGAGCCCGCCCUCGGAGCUCUGCACCUCCAACCCGGAGCCGACCCGGAAGGCCCCAGUAAGUUCGAAGCAGCCACGCGGCGUGUGACCCCACUCGGGGCGGCAGGCGGGGGCGGCCCCCCCGGCGUGUGUGCAGUCCGCGCCUCGGUUGCCUCCUCGCCUUAAUUGUUUCCCCGCCGCACGUCGGUUCCUUUACCUGGCGUCCUGGGGGCCACCCGGGGUGCCGCCUCUCCAAAGCCUUUGCCCCGACGCUGUCGGGAAGCCCAGUGCCACAAAGGACUCGGAUCGAGACCGAGAUCCAGCGGAGGAGUGGUGGGGACGAGGGUGAAAGCCCGGUGGGACGAUGUUCUACUAUCCCAACGUGCUUCAGCGCCACACUGGCUGCUUCGCCACCAUCUGGCUGGCAGCGACCCGCGGCAGCCGGUUGGUGAAGCGCGAGUAUCUGAAGGUGAACGUGGUGAAGACCUGUGAGGAAAUCCUGGAUUAUGUGCUGGUACGAGUUCAGCCCCCGCAGCCUGGCCAGCCACGGCCCCGCUUCUCCCUGUAUCUGUCAGCCCAGCUGCAGAUCGGCGUGAUCCGGGUCUACUCUCAACAAUGCCAGUACCUCGUAGAGGACAUCCAGCACAUCCUGGAGCGCCUGCACCGUGCCCAGCUGCAGAUCCGCAUUGAUAUGGUGGACACUGACCUACCCAGCCUGCUGCUUCCUAACCACCUGGCCAUGAUGGAGACCCUGGAAGAUGCUCCAGACCCCUUUUUUGGGUUGAUGUCUGUGGAUCCCACACUUCCCAGCCCCUUCAGUAUCCCUCAGAUUCGACACCUCCUAGAGGCUGCAACCCCAGAGAAAGUUCUUGAGGAGGCCCCUCCUGAAGUCCCCAUGGAGCCUCCGAAGCCAGACAGGAUCCCGGUCACUGUGCUGUCUCCAGAGGCCAUCACCCUCCAGGAGGCGGAGCCAAUCCGCAUGCUGCACAUCGAGGGUGAACAGGACCUCCCAGAGAUCAGCCGCCGAGACUUGGACCUGCUGAUUGCCGAGGAAGACGAAGCUAUCUUGUUAGAGGAGCGACUAGGCAGGCCUCUCCGGCCUCGUAGGGCCCCUCCGCCAGUGGAUGUAUCCAAGGAGGAGCCCCGGGCUCUUGAGGGGGAGGCCGAAGUACCCCCACUCUCACCUGCAGCUCUCACACUGGUGGAAGGGGUUGCAGAGCCACUUCCUGUCCUGGUCCCGGAGGAGCUGAAGCCAGAAGGCUGGGAGCCCGAGGCCCUACCUACUGAGGUGACCCCUCCUCUGGAGCUGCGUCUGCCAGCCCCCCUCAGCCCAGAGAGGCGGCCUCCAGUGCCCCCACGUCCUAGGAUCCCACCCGCUCGUCGCCGCCGCCGCCAAUUAUUGUUCUGGGACAAGGAGACUCAGAUCUCCCGGGAGAAAUUCCAGGAACAACUGCAAACCAGAGCCCACUGCUGGGAGUGUCCAAAGGUGCAGCCUCUGGAGAGGACCAUCAGAAGCCCCACAGAGCUAUUCCAAACCCCGACUCACUCUGGCUGGCUGCCCCCAGAACUGCUGGCUCUCUGGACCCACUGUGCACAGCCACCCCUCGGAGCACUCAGGCGAAGGCCACCUCCGGAGCCUGAGGAGGAAGAAAGGAGGAUGGAAACCCCAAGUGAUAUCGAGGUCCUGAGAGAGGCCCAGGAGCCCAGUGGGCCCCUCAUGCUGUCUUCAGAGCUCUCUCUAGAAACGGCUGAGGAAGAGAAGUCCCGUGUCAGCCUCAUCCCCCCGGAAGAACGGUGGCCCUGGGCUGAGGCAGAGCAGCCAGAGGCCCCUGUGUUGCCUGUGGUGCCUGAGGUCCCUGAAAUGCCCCUGGAGUUGCCUUUGGAGCUGCCCCCGGAGCCCAAGUUGCUGUCGCUGGAGGCCGUGUACAGGGCUGUAGCCCAGGAGCUGCAGGCCAACAGGGAGCCUGAUUUCAGCAGCCUGCUGUCCCCCUUCAGCCCCCGCUGGAUGGCCGCCCGGGUCUUUUACUUGCUUCUGGUGCUUGCAGCCCAACAGAUCCUUCGCCUGGAGCAAGAGAAACCAUAUGGGCGCCUCCUGAUCCGGCUGGGGCCUCGAUUCCAUUGUGGUUAGAACUAAUUAUAAAGCCACCGGGAAAUUGGCUAUAUUAAACUACGUCUUCCUGCCUCUGUUCUCAA